AUGUCAAAUAUUGAUCUUCCCAGCAGCCAGACGGUCCUGCUGCUGCAUGGGCCGAAGAAGCCGUACGAAGUCACAACCGGCUAUGCGAUACCAGAGGUUCAGAGCGAGAAUGAAGUUCUCGUGAGGGCCGAGACGUUCGGCUUGAACCCCAUCGACUGGAAGGCACCCGACUUCAAUUUUGGAAUUCCAGUGCUGCCGUACAUCGCUGGCAGGGAGCUCGUCGGCCGCGUUGUCAAGCCUUCCAAGCCUGGCUCGAGGUUACGUGAAGGCGACCAGGUGCUCGUCAUCUCGACCGACUACCGAGACCUGCGCAAGGCCGGCUUUCAGGAAUACGUCGUGUCUUCAGACUUCAACACGGUUCGCAUCCCGCCGAACGUCCCGAGACAGCCGGGUGCCACGAUCGGCGUGGCCUACGUGGCGGCCGUCCUGUCGCUUGGCGUGUGCAUGGGUGUCGACUUUUCCAGCAUCCUCGACGGGCCCGACCUGCUGCAGGUUGUACGGUCGGUCGAGCCGGACCUGCUGCCGCAAGAUGUCAGGCAGGAAUGUCUUUCGGGCAUCCAGGACCGGGAGCGGGCAGUGCCGGGCGACUGGCUGGCCAUCUGGGGAGGCUCGUCGACAUCAGCCAACCUCGCCGUCCAGCUAGCCCGUCUGGCGGGCCUCCGCGUCGUGACCAUCGUCGACAAGGCCAAGCACGGCCUGCGCCUGGCGGACCACGAGAUCCUCCGCCCAGACCUCCUCGUCGACAGCCACUCGCCAGCGCGGGCCGUCGAGAUCAUCCGCGCCAACGUCGGCAAGAAGCUCCGGUUCGCACUCGACACGACGGGUCGCGAUUCGGCCAAGUCGCUGCUGGACGCGCUGACACGGGACGAUGAGCUGGAGGGCAUCAAGGUCGGGGAGGAAAAGACGACAACGACGACACCGCCGCCGAGCCCUCCCGAUACGCCGCGGAGGCAGAGGAGUCAGUCGGCCCAUCUCGUCGGCUUGACGGGCUUGCCGAAGGGCCAGGCGCCCGAGGGUGUCGCGUACCAUACCGUUCCCAUCAAGAUCUUCCACGAGGUGCCGGCUGUCGGCGAGGCGCUCGUGCUGUGGCUCGAGAGGCUGCUGGAGAGCGGAUUAGUGAAGCCGCCCGAGGUGCUCGCAGCGGAGCAGGGCUUUGACGGCGUGAACAGAGGCCUCGAUCGGAUGCGAAAAGGCGAGAUCUCGGGUGGGCGCAUGGUCGUCGACAUUAGCUAG